CUCACAUCCUGUCGUAGGUUCACAAAAUCAUUAUCCCUACACUAAAAGAUUUCUUGACUUGCAGCUGUUCAGCAAUGGAGCAGAGCUCAAGUCGUGCGUACCGUCGCCGAAAGCGCAAGUUGGCGUGUAAAUACUGCAAUUCUCGCCAUAUACGAUGCAAGUUGCCAGAGCCGUCCGACAGGACCACCAAAGCAGCUGGAAAACCCGGUCGAUAUCAAUGUCAAGCUUGUUUUGACGCCAAUAAAGAGUGCGACCUCGAAACACUCACAACCACGAUGGACGAAGAAUUCCAGCCUCAGUCUCAACCAACGCAGCGUGCGAAAGUCAAAGCGCGUCUGCAGGGGACGGCCACCUCGGACCAGCAACAUUAUCCCACGCUUCCAGAAAUGUCGCCCACACACCUAUCAGAACACUACGACCACAGCACGCAGAGUGGCGCUCCCAGUCUGCCUUCAGUGGACGUACAAGUUUCGUUCUCGCCUCGCUCCAAGAGUACACCGGCCCAGGAAGGCUCGGAGAUGCUCCUGGUACGCUUGACGGAUACGCAGCAGGACAAGAACGAACCUCGCCAGCCUGCUAAAACGACGGACAGAGUCUUAUAUUUUGGAGACGAGUCGGUCUGGUCUGAUAGCCUUCGAAGAGCUCGGAGCAGCAAAUCCAGAUAUCCUGCAAGCCUACAGCCUCUGAGCACCCGAUUAGUCGACCGCAACAUCCACUAUGCAGUGCCUCCAACAGUUGGCGAUCAGCCUCAAGAUACUCCACAGGAUGAUCUCGACGUGCAGCAGGAAGAAAUGAAAUUACUCCAAAGAAAAGGAGCCUUUUCUCUGCCACCUCUCGACAUCCAGAGAAACCUCCUCGACGCCUACUUCACGUGGUUAUAUCCCUUACAGCCCAUCCUCGACAAAGAGCAGUUCCUUGACGACUUUGACAGGGGCCAAGCACCCAUCAUUCUCCUCCAAGCAUUAUUGUUUGCUGCCACUACCUGCUGUGACGAAAGCAUCAUCAUACCGUUUUGGCCAAGUCGCCGAUCGGCUCAAUCUACCCUGUACAAACGGGUCAGGGCGCUGUACGAUGCGGAUCACGAACAAAACCGCGUCACGAUUGUUCAGGUUCUCUUCCUCAUGUGUUUCUGGUGGGGGAGUCCCAUGGACAAAAAGGACUUCAGCCACUGGUUGGCGGCAUCUAUCCAUCUGGCACAAGUGACUGGCAUGCAUCGGUCAACCAAGGACUCACAUCUGUCACCCAAAGACAGAAAGCUCUGGAAACGCAUCUGGUGGACUUUAUAUGUACGGGAUCAUUUCGAUGCCGCGUCAGUAGGCCGGCCCAUGAUCAUCAAUGACGACGAUUGCGAUAUUGAACCCUUGUACCUGUCCGAUUUCGAAUGCGACGAGAACGAAACGCCACCGCCAGGAGCUCGACAUUGUGUUGAAAUGACGAAACUGGCGACUCUAAUUGGGCGAGCAAUUCGAGCCGUCCGAUCCAGUCAAAUUCACAGAGAUUCCACCGACUCCAAGGGGGCCAUCGAUGAAGAUCUUUCGGCUUGGGAAAAGCAGCUGCCAGAGCCAUUACGCUACCACGAAGGGGAGCCUGACCCACAGGCCAUGCAGUUUGCAGCAAUGCUAAUGUUGGGCUUCCAUUUUUGCCGGAUUGUCCUACAUCGAAAAGGUUUCCUAGACUCGAAGAACAAAAACGAGUCCGUCUCAAUGGCCCCGGCGUCGGCUAAUGUCGUAACCCGUAUCGUCGAGGAAUUACUCAGCGAGGGUCUCCUGCCGCGGGUACAAGUACAUUUAAUCGCGGUCAUCUUUGCGUCCUUCACGAUCCAUGUUGUUUCGAUGGAGCAAAGCCAGGGAGCACGCAGGCGAGUCCUGCAACACAAAUCCAAGCUGUGCCUCUUGGGUCUUGCAGAGUUUCGUGACUAUUGGCCAUUUGUGGACUGGAUGUACCGACUCUUCAGUAGCCUCCUGCACUGGCUGGAGGUUGGAGACAGCUCCUCCUCUUCCUCUUCCUCCGGGGUCCACCACAAUCAGGCGCUGUGGACCACCCAGCUUCGCCCGGAAAAGUUGAAUCUACCACUAGUAGUACAACCGGAAUUGACGGACAGCACCACCGAGGUCACUCGUGGUGACAACACGGCCAUGUCUUUCCCUCUCUACGAGCAAGAUGCAAGCUCCAUCGCGGAUGUUCAGCCGGAUCAAGGCAUGCUCCAGCAAUUCAUGUCCGGCAUGCUAACAGAAAACUUUCUCGACCCGUUUAUGCCUCUGGACAAUCUCGAUUGGGACGAUCCAAGCGUAACCAACUUGGCCAGCCUGGCAGGAAAUUCCAUGCUUUGAGGACCUCCACACCAUUACCUAUGGUGGACAAGGGUUCUCUGUCCUGAGAAAUCCCCUCGCCUUCCACAAGUAUGGGUUUUGAGGCGGCAAGACUGCUAUCAUCUUCAAGAGUGGCACGUCCAAAAAGCCUGAGCUUCUUCAUAAUUUAUAUUUGUCACGCACUCGGCACGUGGGACUCCAUUGCAUGUUCGCGAUAAGGAGCACCGCCUGCGCCUUGCGCCUCAUAUUCUCGCGCAUCCUAGCAUCCUUGUACAUAGUUCCUCCCACGUGGCGAUUUUUCGUCCUUUGGGAUCCUGGCCGACACUUUGUCGAUGGGUGUGAGUACUUGCCCACUAGGCUUCACCGAUGUACUUGGGCCAAUUUGGACUUGGGUUACGAGCAAUCCAUCCACCGUCGACGAUAAAUGCUG